UGAUCAAUCUCCAUCCGUCUCCAUUAGAAAUCACCUUUAACAGGCUGACAGACGACGGCGAGCCCCCCUGAAAAAGCAAAUGAGUUUGAUUUGUGUGGCUGGAAGAGCGUCCGGAACCGCGGCGAGGACGCGCUGAGCUCUGUGCGCCUUUCUGUUGCCCCCGUGAUGCCGCUGCCUUUGCGCACCGUCGUUUGCGUUUGAGCAAGUCUGCGGCUUCUUCUGCGGACUUCCUCCUACUGGAUAAUUUUUACUCGCCUCUUGCGGUCCGAGGGCUCUGGAGGAAAGGAGGAGUGGGUGAAACAAGUGACUUGGAUCGGCCCCCUGCUCCGUCAAGCUGCAGCAUCGGGGGAAGCUGAACCACUGGCCUGAGCUGGGUGGAGCAGUGACCGCCUGUAGCAUGAUGUCCUACCUCAAACAGCCCCCCUACGGGGUCAAUGGCCUGGGGCUGAGCGGCGCUGCCAUGGACCUGCUGCACCCCUCGGUGGGAUACCCAGCGACUCCCAGGAAGCAGCGGAGGGAGCGGACCACCUUCACCCGCUCGCAGCUGGACGUCCUGGAGGCUCUGUUCGCCAAAACCCGGUACCCGGACAUCUUCAUGCGGGAGGAGGUGGCGCUGAAGAUCAACCUGCCGGAGUCCCGAGUUCAGGUGUGGUUCAAGAACAGGAGGGCCAAGUGUCGCCAGCAGCAGCAGAGUGGCAGCAGCGCCAAAGCCAGGCCGCCCAAGAAGAAGUCUUCUCCAGCCCGGGAGAGCACCGGAUCAGAGAGCAGCGGCCAGUUCACCCCUCCUGCUGUCUCCAGCACGGGCUCUUCCUCCUCGUCCACUUCGUCCUCCAACCACACUGGUCCUGCAGCUCUCAGCAGCACCUCUACCUCCAUCAGCACCGUUUCCUCCAUCUGGAGCCCUGCCAUCUCUCCGGGAAACGCCCCCGCUCCUGCCGUCGCCCCCAUCCCUGAGCCCGGACCCGCGUCUAACGCCUCCUGCAUGCAGCGUUCAAUGUCGGGAUCUGCUGCCGCCGCCACUUCCUACCCCAUGUCCUACAACCAGACGCCGGGCUACGGCCAGGGCUAUCCCGCCCCCUCCAGCUCCUACUUCAGCAGCGUAGACUGUGGCUCCUACCUGGCCCCCAUGCACUCCCACCACCACCCCCACCAGCUAAGCCCCAUGACGGCCUCCUCCAUGUCCGGCCAUCCGCACCACCACAUCAGCCAGUCGUCGGGGCACCACCACCAUCACCACCACCAGGCCUACGGUGGCUCCGGCCUGGCCUUCAACUCCUCUGACUGCCUGGAUUACAAAGAGCAGACUGCAGCCUCCUCGUGGAAGCUCAACUUUAAUGCCACGGACUGCUUGGACUACAAAGACCAGGCCUCCUGGAGGUUCCAGGUCUUGUGAUCAGCCUUUUCUCUGCCCUUUCCCUUCCUGCGCCCUCUGCGUUCAUUCUCCAGAUUAGUUUGUUGCUUGUUAUUAAAAACAAAGAGUUUAUGAAACAAAACGAUAGCAGCAGGGAUGCUCAGCAGUCGAACUGCCUCUUCCUCCCGCUUGUUCUCCGUAUCUUUAAAAAAAAGAAAAAAGAAAGAAAAAUGACAAAAAAAUAAAUAAAUAAAAUCCUGAAUCCUGUUGAGCAUCCGGAGCAGAUUUGUGACGAUGAGGAGAGGCUUUAUAAAAUGUGGAGGAGCUUAAACUGUUUUACGAAAACAGCAGAAGUUAUUUGGACAAACUCCUUUUGACCAGCAGCCCUCUGGAUGAGAGGAAUAUUUUCCCCUCUGGUGCACCGACGGGAACAGCCUGCCUGCUGCGCCCCUUUUACCUCCAACCCAUCCAAUUCUGUACAGUUUUUAUUUCUCAAAUUUGUUAUUUUAGGACGACAGAGAUUUUUAGUCAGCUACAGCGAGGAGCUGAAAUAUGUAAAUAUCUAUUUGGGUCAGUUACAGUGACCAUGUUUAGUUGUUUUUUCUUUUAUUCUGAAUUUGAAAUUGUUUAUAACAACUUUGGGAGAAAAAAAAAUACUGUAUGUAAAUCUUUCUAAAUAUUCCAAAGAUGAUAAAUUGGCCAUGAAGUUGAGCUUUUUCACAUGGUUUUAUUCAGAUUUUUUUUUUGGAAAUUUGAGAUGUCUUGGAUUCAAGAAAAAAAAAGGCUUCUGACCGGAUCCAGACAUGAUUGCAGCCGCUACAUUUUCCAACUCAGCCUCCUCUCGUCAGCAUUGUGGUGAUAUUGGACAUGUUUGAACCGCAGCACUUGGCUUAAAUAUGGAGUCAAAGUAUUUUUCUGUUUUUAGUUUUGGAGGAGGAAAUGUGGAUUUAAUGCUCCAAACGAGAGUGAGAUAUUGAAUGUAUCUUAAAGGCAACCACACUUGCAUACAUGUUCAUCCAAUAAAGAUCCCUUAAGUCCAAA